CACGCCGCGAUGGAGAAUGAGCACGAGAAUGAGGCUACAGACAAGCGAGAGGCGGCGCAGCCGCAUUGCAAUGUCAAUGCGAAGCGGCAUCCGCCGCCCGACGACACGCCCGGUCAACGUGACACCGUCCACAUCCUUUCAAGAGCGCUGUAUCAGCCAAGAGUGCCCAAAGCCGCCAGAGGAAGGGGCGGCACCCAAAGGAGAGUUGACGAUUCCGUCCGUUAUCCUCCCAAGCGGCCCAUCAGUGUUCCGGCUACUCAUGAGCCGUCAUCAUUGGAGAUGAUAGAGGGGGAGAGCGGGGGAAUAGCCGCUGCAGUGAGAUCUCUGAGACCAAGAACUGCCCCUGGUAUGUAUGAGAAAUGCCAAGUCCACUCGAUUGCGUCUGAAGUUCUGUGCAUGCAGGUCAGGUGCGUCGUGAUUCACGGCAGCAGAGGAAGUCGCCGCCGGAGGAUAUCACGUCCCUGCAUGCUCUCUACGGACAGAGAGUGGCACAGCUGCAACGACUGCUCAAGUAUAGCAUGCAAUCGCUCACUCACCCACACCAAGGCAACAGACAUCCACACAGCUAUUCGACUUGCUUUCCGCCGUUUGCAUUGGUGGCAGGUCGGCCGAGCGGCGGAUACACAUGCUCGAGCACACCAAUCGGCUGCUCAUUGAAGUGACCGUCGACAAAAGACGACUUAAGGAGACGCCCACGGUCGCAGCUGUCGAAGAGAGCCGAGAAAGUGAAGACACAAUAAGGCAUGGACGGCCCAAAGGAGACCGAAGCUACCAGACGAUCCGCUUUGUGUUAGUGCAGGCGUGAGAAAGGCCGUCUCGUUGCCAUGGGCGGCAAGUUCCUAAAGCAGGUAGGUCGAGGGCGCCAGAUCGGUGGCACAUCCAUCUACUUGACAUCGUCUCUGAUGUCUCUGAUGGCUUCCUGCGUGCAGCUUCAUUCGAUGCGGCAGGAUCUGGAGCAUAUGCGCAUGUCGGUCAUAUCACAGCUGUGGGCGCAGAAGACACUGCUCAAUGAGGCCUCAGAAAAGGCCGAACAGAUAUGCGCUCAGCACCAAAGACGACCACGCAGCCGGCGUGAGGACAGACUAUCCAGACCAGCAUCGCGAAAAGGGCAGCAGGCAGAGACACGUAAGAACUGAACAGAGUGCUGCGUUGCCGCUAGGGUGUAAUAUCUGUGCCAUGCUGAUUAGUUCCAGGCACAGAAGCGGCCCCACAACCUGCCGAUGCCACAGUUGCGCCCCUUCCCCCAUCCCCCAAACCCCCCAUUGCUGACAGCCGCAUUACGACGGUGUGCGUCAUUCGGCAGGCCCCCCAGCAGCACACCGACGCCCCUUCCUCCCAUGAGACGUCCCUUACUCUCCCCUCCUUCACCCCCUCCCCACACAGACCGUCCACACCCCUGAGGUUCACCGAUCUGCCGCACUCCCGCCGCCUCUCACCCACGGUGUCCGUCAUUACCUCCCCUCUCCUUCGCACGCCCAGACCUGUCGUCCCUGAGGCGGACCGAGCCAUAGUGCGGUCACUUGGUGGCGGCAUGAUUGAGUGUGUGGCCAGGGGAGGAUUCACCAGGAGAGUCUAUGGGCCGUUCGAUGCUGUCUAUACGGAGGAGGGGGGGAUUGCUGACACGAUUAUCGACCAAAUAGGGGCCUGCCCUGCUGCCAAGACCUUGACGGUCGCCACGCUGGCCAGCGACGACAAGACCACUGCGUCCUGCGUGUCGCGCGUUCUGUCACGUCUCAUUGCGGACGACUCUUCUCACCCGGUCGACGUGUCAAUAUUCCUUGUACAGACCAAGAACGGGGGAGGGGGCGUCGCCGGGUCAGUUACCGAUGUCUUGGCCAGCUACCUCGGACCGGAUGAAGUCACAAGGGGAGAGAGGCGACAUUCUCGAGGGCUGUUUGCUUCGACCGAGCACGAGCACGAGAAGAGAGUGGGGACUGUGCUGCAGGCGCGGCUCCGAGAAAGGGCCCGAAAGAGAGAUGAGCCGUACGUGAGAGUAAGGGCAGCCACAAAUGAUGACGUGAAAAGGCUAAGACGCAUCCUGAGGCACCUUGCCACACAGAGGUCAGAAUACAAGCGCUCCAGACGGUGUGUGUGACAAUGAUCGUGGGUCCGCCUGCUCCGAAUUGUUUCUUGUCUUGUUUGCAGGACAAAGGAGGGCCCCCGCAGCCCAUCAGAUUCACCGCGGCCCUUUUCGACAGAGCGGCCGCACCUCCGGCAGAGCACGACACGAGACGCUUUUACUGUCAGCAGCACAACGUCCAGAGGACGCACAAAGGAAGAGACACCGACACAUGGUGAGAAGGACACGGGCACUGACGUACAAUCUCCCCUGUACACUCUGCUAUUGUUCCACAGACUCGUGUCUUGUCGUCGCUCUCUAUCUUUCUCAUGCCGAUGCUCCCGCUUUGACACCAUCCGGUGCACAGGGCAGCCAGUCGGUCGUGUUCGUCGAUUUCCCUAAAGCAGCAUCGCCCGCCAUCCACGCGCUCGCCCUGGCCUGCCAAGAAACCAACGACCCUGGCGAGAGGGAGACGCACAACGGCUCUAUGUUCUUCCCCCAGCCGCCCCCACCAGCACCGCUGAAAGCCAGGAGGUAGGAUGCGCCAUACUGGCUGCAUACGAUCGCUAUACGAUUUGAUACAUGUCUCUCUCGAUGCAGGUCACGCCUGACGCUGUUCCUUCACCACACUUUCGAUGCUUUCUCGCCCUCUUCACGCUUUGUGUUUGCCCUUCCUCUGUCACCGUCUAGCACCGAUGCGGCGACCAGCCAGAGGCGGCUGGCAGCUCUUGCCGCAAUUGGCCAGAGGCAACGGGUCGUGCCCAACAGGGGAGGUGCGACCUUCCGGAGGAGCACAAUGCUUGCUGAGUGUCGUCACCCCUGCACGAUGAAUUGGGUUCGCACGCCAGACAGUUAGACAGACAGACGCAUACAUGCACGUGACCGGUAGCUCAUUGGAGCUUUUGUCGUGCUUUCGACAGCCAUGUCGUGCGAUGGAUCCAUCCAUGGAGGCGCGUGUGUCCGUGUGCGUGUGUUUGACAUUCAUGCCUGCGAGUGAGAGGGAAAGCAGUGGACAUGC